AUGCGGAGUGUGAUUCAACAACGGGGCUUUUGUAAAAGCCAAAUCACACGGGCGCAUAAUAAUGCCCUAAAAUUUGUGGAUGACAUUCAAUCAGUGGACACAAUUGUGGUGCGCCUGUCGCAAAUCCAAGACAAUUAUUUGCGGUUUGUGCGACAUUCGGAAGAGCUGUACGCCUUCCAAUCGGAGUCGGAUUGGGAGAAUCCGGACGACGAUUUUGAUGCCUAUGAGGAGAAACAUUAUGCUACACACGCCAUUCUCAGCAACACUCUGGAGGAGUUACGGCGUGAUCAGACGUCUAACAAUAUUUUGGCCACUGUGCAACCAGCAGAUGCGCCCCAGAGGAGCCAUGUGGAUUUCCAGUUCGAGCGAAUCAAACUCCCAACCUUUUCCGGGAAUUAUGAGGACUGGAAACAUUUUUCGGAUAUGUUUACGGACUCGAUUGCUUCCAAUUCGAGCCUGACGGAUUGUCAACGAUUUCAUUAUCUCAAAUCGUAUCUAUCCGGAGACGCCCUCAAUUUAGUCAAACAUAUUCCUGUGACUAAUGAGAACUAUCGGGAGGCAUGGGAUCGGCUUGAGCAGCGAUAUAACAAACAAUCGCUAAUUAUCCGAUCAUUCCUCAACAGUUUCAUGACCCUUCCCAGUGCUACGUCUACUAAUCUCAGCACAGUGCGGAAACUGGCCGAUGGCGCAGACGAAGUUAUUCGUGGUUUGCGAGCCCUUGACUGCGAAGAGAGGGAUCCUUGGCUAAUCUUCAUCCUAUUGUCAAAAUUAGAUACCGAUACUUGCCAAGCUUGGGCGCAGUGCGCAGACUCCGAGGGAAAAGGUGUGACCAUCAACCAAUUCCUUAAAUUUCUCACCUCUCGCUGCGAUACUUUGGAGGCUUUUCACUUAGUUCGACCAACCCAAGCUCGACGCGCAGCCACAACGCACCACGCAGAUACGCAUCCUAGACGAGAAGAACCCAAAUGCACAUCGUGCCAGCAAACUCAUCAACUGUUCAAGUGUCCUCAGUUCAACGGACUCGACAUCGCAGCUCGCCGGGAGUUUCUCAAGACGAAAAAGCUAUGUUUCAAUUGCCUCAGCCCAAGUCACAUGGCGGGUAACUGUACAUCGAGACACACUUGUCGGAUUUGUCGCCGCAAGCAUCACACCCUGGUUCACCCUGGCUCGGCGCAGCCAACUCAAAACGGUAACUACUUGGAGAGAGCGGCGUCUACAAUCGGCCAGAAUCAACCGCCUGGUCAAGAGAUUCAUCAAUCAGGGAGUUUACCUCCCGCGGAAAAUAACUUCACGCAUCAUACGCUGGAGAAUAUUUCAGCUGCAGGUUCGCAGACUCUGUUGCCAACCAUCCUUGCAGACGUCGUCGACGCCUGGGGAAAUACUACAACCUGCAGGCUGCUCUUGGACACUGGGUCCACAAUCACCUUGGCGUCGGAAUCAUUUGUUCAGCGAAUAGGCGUACGUCGAACGCACGCCCGGAUUUCUGUACUCGGUCUCGCAGCCAACAGCGCUGGCGUUACCCGAGGACGCGCACAUAUCAAGCUGCGCUCUCGUCAUUCGGACCAAACUGUCGAACUGGUCUCGUUUAUUCUCAAUUCGCUGACAUCAUCACUCCCGGCCCAGGCUAUUGACACCUCAUCUUCUACGUGGAAGCAAAUCUGCGAGCUUCCUUUGGCAGAUCCCACAUUCUGCACGCCAGGAUCCAUCGAUGUCAUCGUUGGAUCAGAUCAACUCUGGUCUCUUUAUACUGGAGAACAGAAAUGCUUUGGUAACGACGCUCCUAUCGCUCUGAAUACUGUUUUUGGUUGGAUUAUUGCAGGCUCUUACAAUGCAUGCGAUGAUUACCUGACUUCAGCGGUUACUCAUCACGCGGACCUCGACACGAUGGUUCGCUCUUUCAUGGAGAUGGAUAAUAUACAUCCUAGCCAGGCUCUUUUGGACGCCAACGAUCCAACAGAGCGUCAUUUUGCUGCCACCCACACGCGCUUGGAGAACGGGGCUUACGUCGUCGAGUACCCCUUCAAGGAGCAUGCGCCGCCUGUUGAUUCAACUUUACCGCAGGCCAUCAAUCGCUUCCACUCGCUGGAACGCAAGUUUCGUCGAUCUCCAGACUUGAAGCAGCAGUAUGAAGCAUUUCUGGACGACUACUUGCGACGUGGUCAUAUGGAACAGCUGACAUCGGCUCAAAUGGAUGAGUCCCCAGAAACCUGCUUCUAUCUGCCGCACCACGCUGUCAUCAAACUGGACAGUCUGACUACGAAAUGUCGCGUAGUUUUCGAUGGAUCGGGAAAGGACAGCUCUGGAGUGUCUCUCAAUGAUCGACUUCAAAUUGGCCCACCCAUUCAACGCGAUCUUCUCGGCGUUUGUUUACGUUUCCGGCAGCACCCAUAUGUUUUCUGCGCGGAUAUCGAGAAGAUGUUCCGAGGAAUUCAAGUCUUCAAGCCGCACACCAAUUAUCAGCGCAUUGUUUGGCGCAAGAACGAGAAUGAACCACUGCUUCAUUUUCGCCUGUUGACGGUCACCUACGGAUUGGCGCCGUCACCAUUUCUGGCUGUUCGAGUUCUUAAGCAACUAGCUGAGGAUCACCGCCACGAGUUCCCCGCAGCAGCCCACGCGCUUCUACACGACGCUUAUGUAGAUGAUAUCCCAACAGGGUGCAACUCAUUCGACGAGCUCAUGAUUCUCAAAAACGAGCUGAUUCAACUGUUGGAUAAGGCGCAAUUCAAACUACGGAAAUGGAGUUCCAACAGUUGGCGUCUUCUAAAAUCAUUGCCAGAAGAGGACCGAUGUUAUGAGCCUAUCCAGCUCCUCAACAAAUCAGCUGCGGAUUCACCAAUCAAAAUUCUUGGCAUCCAAUGGAAUCCCGGAAAGGACGUCAUGUACCUCAAUAUCAAGGAGUGCGAUCCGACCAUUUCUCCGACGAAAAGGGAACUCUUGUCGCAGCUAUCAAGAAUCUAUGACCCGCUUGGAUUGGUAGCGCCAGUCACAGUUCUAUUCAAGCUUAUCUUCCAAGAAAGCUGGACAAGUGUUCUGCAAUGGGAUGACCCGAUUCCUGAAACUCUACGCUCGCGCUGGAAGGCCUUGGUGGAGGAUUUGCCAACACGCAAUGUCAAGUACCACGAUACAUUGCGUCACCAUUCCAAGACGUUCAACUACACGGAUUCGCCGACGCAUCCGCGCAAGCCUACGGUGCGGUUCACGAGCUGCUGGACAGAUUCAGAAAUUGUGCUACACUGGCUUUCAGCUCCCCCACGAAACUGGAACACAUACGUCUGCAACCGAACGGCUGAGAUCUUGAACGACUUUCCUCGCAGCUGCUGGAAUCAUGUUCGCACAGAGGACAACCCUGCCGACUGUGCUUCUCGAGGACUUCAUCCGUCCAAGCUUCUGGAGCAUCGACUGUGGUGGAAGGGUCCAUCAUGGCUGGCCACACCGCCCUCUGAUUGGCCACCGUCUACAAGCAAGUUCAGCGUAUCUUCAAAUCUCGAUGUCAACACCGAAGAGAGAGCUGUCAAGCCCACAACUCUACAUAACUUUCCUGAUGAAAGUAUCUACGAGUUACUCAUCCACAAAUUCUCAACCUGGACGCGUCUGCUAAGGGUAUCUAGCUACUGUUAUCGCUUUAUUCACUCUCUUCGAUCUCGUCAUAGGAAUCCGGCACCAUUCCUUACAUCCGAAGAGUUGCAGGCCGCACGAUGCCGACUCAUCCGACACGUGCAACAAAAUUUCUUUGCCAGAGAAUAUGCGCAGCUAGAGAAUCGACGCCCGCUUAAUGCUAAAUCGCAUUUAAUUCGGUUCUCCCCAUUUCUGGACGAUCAUGGAAUUAUGCGAGUCGGUGGAAGAAUCGACAAAUCGACAAUCAACUUCAACGCCAAGCAUCCAAUCCUAAUACCAAAGGAUUCACCACUAGCUGGGCUCCUGGUUCGACAUUUUCACGUUUCACAUCUACACACUGGAGUUGAUGCUACGUUCACCAAUCUUCGUCAGCAGUACUGGAUUCUGGGUGCACGCAAUCUGGUCAGAAAGGCAGUUUUCCAAUGCAAACGCUGCUUUCUUCAACGCAAAGGCACCAGUAACCAGAUCAUGGGAGAGCUGCCAAUCCCUCGAGUUCAGGCUAGUCGCUGUUUCCAACAUACAGGGCUGGAUUACGCUGGACCGAUCGCCAUCAAGGAAUCAACAGGACGAACUCCUCGGAUCGGAAAGGCAUGGUUUUCUAUUUUUGUCUGCCUAACUACAAAGGCAAUCCAUAUCGAGGUCGUCAGUGAUCUGACUGCAAAGGCCUUCAUCGCCGCCUUUCAACGAUUUAUUGCCCGACGAACAAAGCCCACCGAUCUGUACUCGGACAACGGAACCACAUUUCAUGGCGGAAAGCAAACUUUGGACGACAUGCGACGCCUAGUCAUCGAACAAUCAAAAGAUGAGGAACUGGCUGGAUUCUUCGCCAACGAAGGCAUUUCUUGGCACUUCAUACCCCCAUCUGCCCCUCAUUUUGGCGGAAUGUGGGAAGCCGGCGUUCGUUCCAUAAAACUUCAUAUGCGACGGAUACUUGGGUCCAAGGCUCUCACGUUUGAGGAACUAGCGACUGUUUUGACCCAAAUUGAAGCCAUCCUCAACUCUCGCCCACUGUGCCCAAAUGGGGAUAAUUCGUUGGACCCGCUGACUCCCGCUCAUUUCCUGACUGGAGCUCCUUAUACUGCCCUCUCUGAACCCUGCCGUCUGGAUAUGCAAAUCAAUCGACUGGAGAGGUGGAAUCAGCUGCAAGCUAUGGUCCAAGGUUUCUGGAAACGGUGGCAUAUGGAAUACCUGACAUCGCUUCACGAACGCACAAAAUGGCAUCUAGAAACUGAGAAUCUGAAGAUCGACACACUGGUGGUACUCAAGGAGCCUAAUCUACCUCCCUCUAAAUGGAUUCUUGGACGCAUCAGCGAGGUGCACGCAGGAUCAGAUGACAAAGUACGGGUCGUAACAGUAAAGACGGCCCAUGGAUUCUACAAACGCCCAAUUACCAAAAUUGCUGUCUUGCCUCUGUGCUGA